AUGGAAACAUCUUCAUCUGUGUCCAAUAAGACCAUAACAUUGGAAGAAUGGAACGGUUCAACCCCCACAAAGCUCUCCAAGACUUUCACCAUCAAGGCUUCCUCUUCCUCUGUCACCAUUACCAGAUCUGGUGCCCGCUUUAGCCAUGUUUGGAGACGCUUACUUGAAGCCUUUGUCCCUGAGGGUUUUCCAAGCAGUGUGACUGCAGAUUAUGUUCCUUUUCAAAUAUGGGACUCGUUGCAGGGCCUUUCAACGUAUAUAAGGACCAUGCUUUCUACCCAGGCUCUCCUGAGUGCUAUUGGUGUUGGUGAGAAGUCAGCUACUGUCAUUGGAGCCACUUUUCAGUGGUUUUUGAGGGAUCUAACUGGUAUGCUUGGAGGAAUCUUGUUCACAUUUUACCAGGGAUCAAAUCUUGAUAGCAAUGCAAAAAUGUGGCGUUUGGUUGCAGAUUUUAUGAAUGACCUAGGAAUGUUAAUGGACAUCAUUUCUCCAUUGUAUCCAUCAGCUUUUGUGUUUGUUGUUUGCUUGGGAAGCAUAUCAAGAUCUUUCACUGGUGUUGCCAGUGGAGCCACUAGAGCAGCUUUGACUCAGCAUUUUGCUCUUCAGGAUAACGCUGCUGAUAUAUCUGCAAAGGAAGGAAGUCAAGAAACUGUAGCCACAAUGAUUGGCAUGGCAUUGGGAAUGCUUGUUGCUCGCAUUACGAUUGGAUACCCACUAGCCAUUUGGUGUUCAUUUUUAUCUUUGACAGUGUUUCACAUGUACGCAAACUACCGAGCUGUUCAAUGCCUGGCAUUGACCUCAAUAAACCCUGAAAGAAGCUCUAUUCUUUUGCAGCAUUUCAUGGAAUCUGGCCAAGUUCUCUCCCCUGAACAGGUCUCUUCACAGGAGCAUGUUUUACCCAUACGGUUCAUUUCAUGGAGCCCAAGGAAUACUAAUUAUAUGCAUAAUAAAGUCCGUUUGGGCACAAGGAUUUCUUCAUUUGAUAACAUGGAAAUUAAGGAGCAUUUGCUUUCUGCAGCAUCUUACUACACAAAAGCCAAGUAUAUACUUGUGGAAAGGAAGGGAAUCAUUGAUGUUAUUGUGCAUAAAGAUUCUAAUCCUGCUGAUGUCUUAAAGUCAUUCUUUCAUGCACUCGUCUUGGCAAAGAACGUUCAUAAAAGCAAAUCUUUGCAUUCAGAUGGCCAAAAAUGGAUAGAUAGUCAAUAUGAAGUAUUUAUCAAGAAGCUCAAGUCAUUAGGUUGGAAAACAGAACGGCUUCUAUCACCUAUAAUAUGGAGGGCCUACUGGAGCUAUGAACCAUUGGAAGAAAAAAUUGAUUAG